UUGUUCAGUUCUUCCACGGUGUGGUGCACGGUGCUAUAAAUGCUGCUUCGCGUGCCCGCUUCCCCCCCUUUCUGCUCGAGCGAACAGAAAACUUUUCGAGAGAACGCUUUUUGCAUUGCCUCAGACAAAGACAAAGACAAAGACGAAGGACCUACAUUCGACGGAAACUGCAGUUUGCCGUUGUGUUGGACUUCAUCUGCUGACAUAGAGAUGCCACGAAAGAAGGGUUUCCGUAUGCGACGCACACCCAAGGCUACCCAAGCUGUUGACUGUGCAGUUGCAACAAAAGGUAGGGAAGAAGUAUCUUCACUGUCACCGGUGGAGGUACCAACAGGUGGGUUACAAAAGGUGGUCAAAGGGUCAUUUCAUCAAGGCAAUACAAGGUUUAAGUAUGCAGGAACACAGUGUAUGGCGAUUGCCUUUUGUGCCACUGCUUUACACAGUAUUAAAAAUGUCUUGUUGUGGGAUACUGCUGAUCUUGACAUGGCUGUUGUUGAAGGUGAUCAGUUGUAUGCUACUCUAAGGGAACGUCACGUAAUUAGUCACCCAUCCCACUUUUUGUGUGCCACAGAAUUGCCCAAACAGGAGGUGAUUGCUGGACACAAAUUUGAGUUUUGUGUGAAGGAUGAUUAUGCUUUAGGUGAUGUCAAUGUAGUUUCCAGCUAUUAUAUUGAAAACGGGAUUCAUGUCACUUUGCAUGAUGCUUUGCACACAAUGUUUGGCAAGUACAGCACAUGCAUUCUUACAGUUUGUCAAAGUAGUUGUGCCAUCAUUUGUGAUGCUGGUCAGUAUUGUCUGGUGGAUUCGCACUCGCGUAGCUGUAAUGGCAUGGUGUGCAGUGAUGGAACCAGUGUUGUUCUGUGUUUUGGUGGUCUUGAUGCCCUUGCUAAUCACAUUAGCAAUUUGGCUGCAGGGUUUGGUGGAGCAGAGAAACUUUUUGAAAUAGCUGGUGUUGUUGUGACUGUUGUGGCUGACAGGAAACGUCACUUGGAGAUGAUGACUGGUGAUGAUGGCAAAAAGUUUAAAAUGGCUGACAUUUCUAGUACAUGUCCAUCUGAUGUUGAGGUCAUCAGUGUUGUUACCACACAGCAUGCCUUUUGUCCAAUGCUUCAAAAUGACUCCAAAGAUGUGUGCCAACUUUUGAAUAUAGAUUGUGAAGUCAAAACUGUGCCUGUCAAUUUGCGUGUUGGACCCUUGGGAGCUCCCUGUAAAAAGGAGAGCAUUGUUGCUGACGGCAACUGUUUUUUCCGUGCCAUAUCACAAGCGGUGAGUGGCACACAGAAAAAUCACAGGAGAAUUAGACUCCAUGUGGUUAAACAUAUGGAAAAGCACUGUGAAGAUUAUGAGAAGCUUCUCAGGAGUGAGUACAGUUGUUUGACAGAGUAUAUUAGUGUUUCCAAAAUGAAAUAUGUCAAUAGCUGGGCAACUGAGGUGGAAAUUCAGGCUGCAGCGGAUAGUUUAGGAAUAAAUAUCUUUACUUUUUACGGUGGUCGUUGGUUGAGAUAUAGUUCAACGUCAGAAUCCAGUCGUGGGAUUUAUUUGGACAACUCGAGUGGUAAUCACUACGAGUGUGUGACAUGUGUCAAUGAGGGUCAGUUAGGAAGUUGCUUUGGCAUUUGUCAGAAUGGUACAUCUCAGGUCAGUCAGUAUGGUACCAGGUCACAUCGGCAUCAAGUAAUUUGCGCUGAUAGUGAAGUAGCAGUUGGUUUGAAUGAUGUUGUUGAAACAGGCAAAGAAAAACAUCAGUCCAUGGUUCCACGUGUAAGCCCGUCCAAAUAUCUAAAAAGGAAAAGGGCCCUGGACAACAGAUGUAAAUAUGUCGCUGACAUGAGCAUAAGGGAGACAAAGAAGGUAAUGACUAUGAAGAAUUACAGAGAACAAGCAGUCUUUAGGCAGAGAAAGAAGACGAGGAGUGUUGAAAAGUAUAGAAAUGAUGUCAUUCAUAAAAAUAGAGUUAAAACAUCUAGCAUCUAUAAGUAUAGGAAUGACAGCUUGCAUCGGGACAGGGUCAAGAUGUGUAGUGUGAGUAAGUAUAGAAGUGACAGCUUGCAUCGGGACAGGGUCAAGAUGUGUAGUGUGAGUAAGUAUAGAAGUGACAGCUUGCAUCGGGACAGGGUCAAGAUGUGUAGUGUGAGUAAGUAUAGAAGUGACAGCUUGCAUCGGGACAGGGUCAAGAUGUGUAGUGUGAGUAAGUAUAGAAGUGACAGCUUGCAUCGGGACAGGGUCAAGUUGUGUAGUGUGAGUAAGUAUAGAAGUGACAGCUUGCAUCGGGACAGGGUCAAGAUGUAUAGUGCGAGUAAGUAUAGAAGUGACAGCUUGCAUCGGGCCAGGGUCAUUAUGCAGGGCGUCAAAAAAUAUAAAAUGGAUACAAGGCACCGGGCCAGUGUCAAACUAGCCAGUAUGAAGAAAUAUCACAGUAAUUUAGAACGCAAAAUGCGUGUCAUUGCAGAUGUGAAGGCACGAAGGCAUGCUGCAAAGUUGCGAGAGGAAGAAUUUGAUGUUGUUGUUGAGAAUUUUUUAGAGAAAGUGAAGAAUGGGCCCCAGUUUGUCUGCUGUGUGUGCCAUAGGUUGAUGUUUAAACAUCAGGUCCUGCAGUGUCACAGAGAGCAUUACAGCAAAAGUGCAAGUGCUUCUCUUGUGAACACGUGCAUUAAUGAGGAUUAUUUGCACAAAUGUAGUGCAGAGUGCACGGUGCCUUGUUUGUUGUUGGAGUCUGGUAGAGGGCAGCUGUGGGUUUGCUACACUUGCCAUUACAAGAUUAGCAAAGGGGAAUUCCCACCUGAAUGUGUGGCAAAUAAUUUGGGGGUGGACCCGAUUCCUCCUGAGCUGGCUUGCUUAAACAGCUUAGAGCAACACUUAAUUGCACUAAAUAUCCCCUUCAUGAAAAUGCUAGCUUUGCCUAAAGGGGGGCAAAAUGGUGUCCAUGGGCCUGUGACUUGUGUUCCGGCCAAUGUUGUAGAAACGACAAAUUUGUUGCCACGGUCCAAUAUGGAAGGCUCUAUGCUCCGUGUCAAACUCAAAAGGAAGCUGACUUACAAAGGACACUACGAGUACCAUUUUGUUGACAGCAUGCACAUUCGUGAAGCCUUGAGGUAUCUGAAAGAGUCUAAUGUGCAUUAUGAAGAUAUAGAGUACAACGAGGAGUGGGUCAAUGACUUUUGUAGGGAACCUGAUGCCUCUCAGGUGGAGGACAGUGUUCCUGCAGUAGAUGUCACACCGCCUCUAGAUGCAGAAGAUGAGCUUCUUCAUGAUAGACAGCAACACUGCAUGUUUCAGGACACAUGUUUAAUGCCAGUUGACAUUGGUCAGGAAGCGCUAGAUCAGUAUUAUGACAAUAUAUUGAAUGUGGCUCCGGCAGAAGGCAAUAAUCCUGUGAGGUUGCUUUCUGACCAUUCGAAUGAAGCUAAAUGUUUCCCAGUGUUGUUUCCACGCGGCCGUUUCACGUUUCAUGACACUCGACAAUAUAGGCUGACGGCGUCGCGAUAUUUCAAUAAUCGUAUCAUGCAUGCUGAUAAGCGGUUUGGGCAGAAUGUGGAAUACAUAUUCUAUGCUCAGUACUUGUGUGAACUUGUGCAGGUGGUGUCGAGCAUUUCCAUUGCUUUACGCAAAGGAAUUGCUAGUUUGGUGGCAAAAAUGGCCAAGGAUUUGUUGACCAACGAUGAGUCGUUAAAGACAUUGUUGGAAUGUGACCAGGGCUAUCGUUUUCUGAAGCCCAUCAGAGGUACUCCAGCCUUUUGGCAGAGUACGCAGCGCGAUAUUUUGGCUUGUGUGCGUCAGCUUGGUGUUCCCACGUGGUUUUGCUCUUUUUCGUCUGCUGAUUUACGGUGGCAAAACUUGGUAGACUGUGUUUUGAGGCAAGAGGGUAGAACGCAAACGGCUGCAGAGUUGGAGUGGGCUGACAGGUGUGAUUUGUUGAGACGGAAUCCUGUGACUGCUGCACGGAUGUUUGAUUUCCGGUGGCAUGUCUUUCUCAGAGAGGUGAUAAUGUCUUCGAGCCAACCGAUUGGCAAAGUUGUAGACUAUUUUUACCGGGUGGAAUUUCAGCAGCGUGGUUCCCCGCAUGUACAUUGUUUGUUCUGGGUCGAGAAUGCCCCACGUAUUGAAGUGAACUCAGAUGAAGAAGUCACAAAGUUUAUUGAUAGAUAUGUUACUUGUGAAUUGCAGCCACAGGAUGAAGGAUUGACAGAGACAGUGUCUUCCGUACAGCAGCAUUCUAAGAGACACUCUAAAACGUGCAAAAAGAAAAACACAGUGUGUCGUUUCGGUUUUCCCAAACCUGUGUCAGGACGAACAUUUAUUAGCCAUCAGUUUGACGGACAGGGACAAAAAACAUGCACUUGUCAGGUUAGCCAAUCAACCGGUGUUAAAACAUGCACAUGUCCAAAAGCAUCCCAAAAUGCCGUAAACAUGAAAGCAGAAGAGGCGUCGGAAAUCAUAAAAUCCAUUAAAACAGCCCUGGCUGACGAGAACCACGCAUAUCAAAGCGUGGAACAUUUGUUCCAUAGUCUCGGUAUAACACAAAAUACUUUUGAGGCCGCACAUCGCCGCUUGGGUCGUCGUACGGAAGUCAUAAUGAAGCGUCAAAUCAAUGAGGUUUGGAUCAAUCCAUACAGCAAACCUCUGCUUAAAUGCUGGAAUGCUAAUAUGGACAUCCAGUAUGUCGUUGAUGCGUAUGCGUGCGUGGUUUAUAUAAUCUCGUAUAUUUCCAAAGCUGAGAGGGAGAUUGGAUUGCUGCUGAGUAAUGCCCAGAAAGAAGCAUCCAAACAGGCAAACGUCAGUGCCAAAGAGGCCUUAAAAAGUCUUGGCAGUGUGUACCUGCACAAUAGAGACGUGUGUGCACAAGAGGCCGUUUACCGGGUGACAAAUAUGCAUCUUAAGGAAUGCUCGCGCAAAGUAGUUUUUGUUCCAACAGGGGACAAUGUGGUCAAAAUGAGUUUGCCUGUGAGUGUUUUGCGUCAAAAAGCUUCAUCGGCCGAAUUAACAACGGAAGACAUGUGGAUGACCAGCAUUGUCGACCGUUAUAAAAACAGACCAAACGACGACACGUUUAAUGACAUGUGCUUGGCACAAUUUGCUUCGGAAUACCGCAUCAUUAGCAAAAACGAAAGGUCGGCAUCCAAAAUAGAACUUAAAAACAACUACGGACAUGUGACAAAACGUACACGGACCAAACCUGCCGUCGUACGCUCUGCGCGCUUUUCAGAAACCAAAAACCCAGAGUUGUAUUAUCGUAGCCUUUUGCAGUUGUAUCUGCCAUACCGAGUGGAUUUGCAGUUAAGACCUGCCAACUGCCCAACAUUUGAAGAAUUUUAUGACAAUGGUGCGGUCCGAUUAAAUGAUGGGUCGAUGCAUUCUGUUCGAUCCAUAGUGGAAACAAAUAAACAACAUUUCGACAGCGACGGGGAUGAACUGGACAGCAUCCAAAGAUCUAUUGAUCACAGCGGUGUUGCUGAGGAUGCGUGGUGUCUGCUGUGUCCAGAGCAAGAAUUGGAAAGGCUACAAUGCGAAGAAGAACGCCGGAAAAAACAACAGUUGGUCGAAGAAGAGGCAGAAGUAAUACCUGACUUGGCAAAUGAAAAUAGAACCGCUCUAAACUUACAAAAGCAAAAGUCAAUGAGUCGAAAUGAUGGCUUGGCAUUAAUCCGCUCCCUAAAUAAUACUCAAAUGGACAUUUUUUACAAAAUUAGACAGUGGUGCCUUGAUAAAGUAGGUGGGAGAAAACCCGAGCCUUUACACUUAUUCAUCACAGGUGGUGCCGGGACAGGAAAAAGCCACCUAAUUAAAGCCAUCCAAUAUGAGGCUACCAGGUUGUUGUCAACAAUGUGUCGGCAACCGGACAAUAUUUCUGUCUGUCUAGCUGCACCAACAGGGAUUGCUGCUUACAAUUUGAAUGCCACAACAAUACACAGCACAUUGAGCAUCGGCAAGGAUACCCGUUUGCCUUACACACCACUGGGUGAGGAAACGGUGAAUUCCUUGCGUGCCAAGUUCGCGGACCUCCAAAUUUUGAUUAUCGAUGAAAUAUCGAUGGUUGAUCACAAGUUGUUGACGUACAUUCAUGGUAGGCUCCGACAAAUUAAGCAAACCGGUGACUAUGCUGCAUUUGGCAACGUCAGCAUCAUCGCAGUCGGUGAUUUUUACCAGUUACCGCCAGUCAAAGGAAAGCCUCUUUAUGUCGAAGACGCCACUUUCAACUUGUGGACAAAUCUUUUCAGUGUUGUCGAACUGACAACGAUAGUCCGGCAAAAAGAUAAUCAGUUUGCAGCAUUGCUAAAUAGACUCCGCAAACAUCCAAAAGGCGCGGCGUUGUUGGAAACAGACAUAGAACUUUUGAAACAGCGCGAAACGGGUGAGGUCAGCUCCGCGUUACAUGUGUUUCCAACCAAUCAACAAGUAAACGAAUACAAUCUAAAACAGCUUUUCAGGAUCUGUCCGGAGUACACGACGAUAAAAGCUGAGGAUUUCAGCCAAAACAAAAAAUCCGGUAAAUUAGAAAGAAAAGUAGGGCACCACAGCAAAGUUUACAACACGUGUUUAGAGGAAACUCUGCACAUCGCUAAAGAUGCACGUGUAAUGCUUUGCAAAAACAUCGAUAUUGACGACGGCUUAGUUAACGGGGUUAGUGGCACUGUCUCUGAUGUUCUUUUCCAAAAGGAUGACACAUUUCCGAGUAAGAUCUAUAUAAAGUUUGAUGAUGCCAAAGUAGGUCAACAAAGGCGCGCACAAACUGCUGAGUCUGUCACGCUAAAAGACAGUACAUUUAUUCUGCCAGAGGAAGAAAAAGUAACUAAAAGUGGUGGCAUGCGUCGCCAGUUCCCUCUGAAGCUCGCUUGGGCUUGCACGGUACAUAAAGUCCAGGGUGUUACCGUGAGCAAUGUAGUUGUGUCUCUAGACAGGGUGUUUUCCGCAGGGCAGGCGUAUGUUGCAUUGAGUCGGGUCACAGCUUUAGACGGUUUGAUUAUUGAAAAGUUUAAUGCCGAAAAGAUUUACUGUAAUGAUGCCAUUAAGAAUGCUGUAGGUAGGAUGCCAGCAUUUUUGACAGAAAGUGAACCAACACAAACAAAUGUACAACCACCACAUUUCACAAUUUAUUUGAUGAAUGUCCAAAAUUUGACAAAACAUGCGUCAGAUUUGGCAGCAUGUACACAGCACCUGCAGCCUAACUGCAUCGCUGUGACAGAAACGUGGCUGCCAACGGCAUGUACACCCAGCAGUGUAACCAUUCCUGGGUAUCAUUUCCAUAGCCAACCACGAUGUUUGUCUUACUCCAGCAGUAACCCUGCUUUGGUAGAAUUACAAGGGCAACAGCAUGGCGGAGUUGGCAUGUACAUUGCAGACCACCUGCACUGUAGUGUUGUCUCCGCCCCAAACUUCAACUUGGAAGUUUUACUGGUGAACUGCUCCUCACCCAGUGUGUUAAUAGCAGUUGUGUAUCGACCACCCUCCUAUCCAAUGGCGUUGUUUCAAGGUCACCUUGGCACGCUGCUGGAUUGGUUGCACCAGAAGUACGCCAGCAUUGUCGUACUGGGAGAUUUUAAUGAAAAUUUGUUAAAAUCUUCCACUAUCAGCACAUUCAUGGCUAGGAAAGGGUUCUGCCAGUCAGUCAAACAUCCUACCACAGAAAAGGGUACACUAAUUGACCAUGUAUAUGUCAAAACAUCACACUUUGAUGUAGAAUCGGUUGUGAUGCCCACUUAUUUCAGUGAUCAUGAAGGGAUUUUGUGCUCUUUUAAACACAAAAUUUAAAACGCACACACACGCACAUACACAUUCCACUUCAGCGUUCUUCUGGCAGUCUUAUGGUGUAAGUGUAGUGUAUAGUGUAAAAUAGGUUUAGGUUCAACCAGUGGACAAUUUACAAUCCACGAGUUAACUUGCCCACGAGAACGGUGGAUUGUAUUUGUCAAUCACUGAAUGAACGUGUAAGUGUAGUGUAUAGUGUAAAAUAGGUUUAGGUUCAACCAGUGGACAAUUUACAAUCCACGAGUUUACUUGCCCACGAGAACGGUGGAUUGUAUUUGUCAAUCACUGAAUGAACGUGUAAGUGUAGUGUAUAGUGUAAAAUAGGUUUAGGUUCAACCAGUGGACAAUUUACAAUCCACGAGUUUACUUGCCCACGAGAACGGUGGAUUGUAUUUGUCAAUCACGGACUAAAAGUGAAAUCACUGGUCAUAGUUAAGAUCCCAGUUUCUGUCAAACCAGUAAAUUAACAUGUAAAUAUUGUAAACAUGUAAAUAUUGUAAACAUGUAAAUAUUGUAAACAUGUAAAUAUUGUAAACAUGUAAAUAUUGUAACAUCUGCUUGUAUUUUAAAUAAUGUAAAUAUGUAUAUAUGUAAAUAUGUAUAUAUGUAAAUAUGUAUAUAUGUAAAUAUGUAAAUGUGUAUAUAUGUAAAUAGUACCUGAUGAAAUGAUCCCAGUGCUGCCUCACUCACCUGUCCUCUUGUCUUGAUAGUUACCGCCUGUCUGCCUUAAAGUUAAAUACUAAAGGGAUUCAAACCUUUUUCAACAGUUAUUUUUCUAACCAAAUUGUAUUAGUCAAUCACUGCCGCAAAAUUCAACCACUGCCCAAAAUUAAGAAUCAAAGGGAUUAAAACUAAGACUUUUCUGAACACGUUGGUAUUUUUCUAACCAGUGGACAUUUUCCAAUCCGCGAGUUUACUCUUCCGAGAACGGUGGAUUGUGUUUGUCAAUCACUGGCGAAAAAUACGUUUUUUCAGACACGGUAAUGCAAACAAUGAGGGCAAUGUAAAUAUGUAAAUAUGUAAAUAUGUAAAUAUGUAAAUAUGUAAAUAUGUAAAUAUGUAAAUAUGUAAAUAUGUAAAUA